AUGUCUCGUAUAACAGACAAUGGUCAGCUUGACUUCCUCCUGAGCUGCAUUCGUCACUCAAACAGCGGAAAGGUUGAUUUCGAAGAAGUCGCGAAAGAAUGCAGUAUCGUUACUAAAGGAGCUGCCGCGAAACGCUACGAGCGUCUCGUAAAAGGCCGCAACAACACCUCGCACGGUGCAUCCUCGACCAACAGUCCAGUUUCUAGCCCAAAGAAAACUAACAAAUCAUCGGUUACAAAGCGCAAGGCAGUACCCAAGGCCGCUGUGCCGAAGAGAGCAGGUUCCAAGAACGAGAAAGUGAAAGCAAUGAAGGUGAUUGCUGUUGCUUAUGCAGAAAGCCUGCUAAAGCAUAUGGCUGACCCUGACAAGGUCGAAGGGCAAUCUUCUGGAGAGGAGACUGAGAUUGACGAGGAAGGGCCUGGAGUUAGUGAUACUGCCUUAUUCGAUCAGUUCUGUUAUACUGACGACGGGAAUGGAUAUGUGCAGGUCAAGGGGGAAGAUUCUGAUGCGGAUGCUUAA